AGUCAAGUGUUGUUGUUUUGGGAUAUUUUUGACUUUUUAAUGUAUGUCUCACUCUAUUUCUCACUAUUACUUUCACAUCCAGUGAUAUGCCAUUCAUUAAAAGAUAUUUUUUGUGGUCAUUGUUUUUGGUGCAGACAAUAGUUAUUAAAUUGUUGAUCGCAUUAUUAAUACAAUUGAAUAGUGCAUCAAAAAUAGUUAUCAAUAGUAAAAGUAUUAUCAGUUUAUUCUCAUUUAGAGCUAACUAUUUGAAGCGUUCAUCCAAAAUGGCCCAGGUCAAUGAACACCUGAUUGGUACCCGAUUGGCACCAUUCAAGUCCAGUGCCAACUAUUUUGACCCGAAGUUGCCACGAGAGCGGCCAGUGGUCAACACUACGUGUGCCAAAUGUACGGCAAUUAAGUCCAACAAAUUAUUAUUGAAUUUUAAUUACCGUAAUCGUAAUCUAAUUUCCCGAUCAUUUUAUUACGCCUCGUAUGUAAUGUCACGGAAAGUGGACUCUCAUUAUCCAGAAGUGGCCGGCAAAGUGAUCCGUAGCGGUAAAGUACAGACUGCUAUCAAAGAGUCGGCUAUUGAAGAGUUCAAUCAAUUACGAGAAGAUGAAGCAGGUCUUGUCGAAGAAGAAGAGCUUAAAACUAUUGAACGRAAACAGAGAUCGCGUGCAAUAGAAAUACUUCAGCGAAUGAAGUCAUGUAUYUCAUCAUCGCUUCUCCGUAUCGCUGGUUGGGUGCUCUAUAAACUACUGUCCAAAAUGUUAACCACAAUUCAGUUUCAUGAAGGUCAAAUUGAACGCAUCCGCCGCUGCCGUACCUCAUCAGCCAAUAUACCCAUCGUUUAUCUGCCACUCCAUCGGUCACAUCUUGACUACAUUUUAGUGUCAUUUAUACUAUAUAUGAAUAAUAUUAAGCCUCCGUUGGUCGCCGCCGGUGAUAACCUACUCAUACCAUUUUUUGGUAAUCUAAUGCGCGGUUUGGGCGCAUUCUUCAUCAAGCGUCGACUUGACCACAGCGAUGGUAAAAGRGAUCACCUCUACAGAGCUGUUCUCCAGACUUAUAUUAAUGAGAACUUGAAAUCUGGUAACUCAUUGGAGUUUUUCAUUGAAGGCGGCCGUUCGCGCACUGGUAAAGUCUUGACUCCUAAGUCAGGCUUACUAUCCGUUAUCGUUGACUCUGUACUCGAUGGUUCACUGCAAGAUGUAUUCAUAGUUCCUAUAGCCAUAUCCUAUGAGAAGCUCAUGGAUGGCACGUUUGUUGCCGAACAACUCGGCAAACCAAAAACACCCGAAAGCUUUACGUUAGCCGCCCGAUCCAUUUGGUCGACACUUCAUACGAAGUUCGGCUCAGUUCGGGUCGACUUUUGUAAUCCUUUUUCACUUAAAGAUUACUUACAUAACUCCUCCUUUAAUACAGUCAAAAGUAAUAACAUAUUAAAUAAACAACACAAUCAUCAGGGAUUACAUUGUGUUGCUUGUAAUGGUAAUACUCAGCAACUGUCGGCUUUUGAGUCUAUCUAUGGACUUGACGUCAUUGCAUCUGAAGAUAAACGCCACACAAUCGAGAAGUUGGCUCAACAUGUAGUUUACGAUGCGUUCAAUGCAUUAACAUUGAUGUCCACCCAAAUGGUAGCCUUCCUAUUGCUGACUAAACACCGUAAGGGAGCAACACUUCAUCAAUUAGCUCAAAGUCUCAAUUGGUUUCGCGAAGAAUGCAAUAGACGAAAUCGUGACGUUUGUGUUACCGGUGACUCGUUGGACGUCAUCCGAAAUGCUUGUCUAUUAUUGGGCAAAGAUCUGGUGUCCAUCGAAAAGGUAUCAAUGGCCUGGUCUUCGUCAGACRGUUUGGGAGGACCGCUGACAGAGAACAACAAUGUGAAGAUAGUGUUCCUCAAACCAUCAGUUAAAUUGCCGCACGUACUCGAGCUUCAGUAUUACGCCAACUCUUGUAUAUCACUUUUCCAAUUGGAUUCAGUUAUAGUCAAUGCAAUGUUUGCAUUAAUUAACAAUCAAUUGGAUGGACUGUCUGCAUGUGGGGAUAACAUGGAAAGUCAUCUGUGCAUUGAUUAUAACGAUUUGAUAGACAAAUCUAUACAACUUUGCGAUAUACUUCAUAACGACUUUCUAUUAGCACCGCCCUGUGUCAACAUUCGCGACAAAGUUACCGAUACGGUUGAAAACAUGAUAAUGUUUGGUAUACUUACCGAAGCCCACAAAGAUGUGGUGGCSGACUAUCAACUCAAACAGCGAUUCCGUCAUUUCGAGUUUGAUGAUGACGGAGAAGAGGACGGCUAUAUUGGCGGACAUAGGAAUGGCUUUAAUAUUAAGCGUCGAGAGCUUAGAAUUGUGUUGACUGAUGAAAACAAAGAGUCAUUAUUGUUUUACCGAUCAGUGUUGGCCGCUUAUAUUGAAUCCUAUUGGGUGGCCGCUUCUACAUUACCCAAACUAAUCGGCAGCGAAGCUAUUGAUGAGGAAACGUUUUUUAAUCAAAUGAUUGAUAUUGCAAAAGAAAAGCAACAAAAAGGACUGUUAUUUCACGAGGAGUGUAUAGCUCUCGAUCCCUUCAAAAAUGCUGUCAAACUAUUUGAAAGUUGGAAUCUAUUGAUUAUUGAAACGAUAAACGGUGUCCGACACCUACGGCUCAGGCCUGAGUUUAAUAGUGUACAGGAGCUCAAUGAUGUUAUACUCAGGAUUGAAGACUUCAAAAUAUAGUCAUCCAAAAAUGGGAACUCAUAUUUUCAAACAACAAUCUCUAUAAUGAACUAAAGAUUUUAUCUCUCGUUACAUAAUUUAUGAUAUUUGUGUUAUUUAAAAAUAUAUAUUAAAUAUAAAUGAU